AUGUCGAGUCAGGGAGAAUUCCGUGUGGCUAUUUAUGCCAGUGAAUACAAGCAAAUUUGCGCUUGGGUCUUAAAAGAGCGAAGUUUAGAAACCGGCGGAGAUCUGUUCGGGCUUUGGAACAAUGAUCACACCGCAGUGAUCCAGCUCGUUUUGGGGCCUGGCAAACAUUGUCAAAGGACUUCGAGUUCGUUUUACCAAGAUGUGAGGUACUUGGAGAAGGUUGGCUCCCAUUUGACUAGCAAGGAAGGGCUCUGUCACAUUGGUGAAUGGCAUUCUCAUCACACAAUCGGUCUUAAACGACCAAGUGGCGGAGAUGAACGAACGGUUUGGACAAACAUGCCUAAAUAUGGGCUGAGUCGCUUUCUACUGUUCAUUGCAAACAUUGAAAACCGAGAUUUAUCCGCCAGCGCAGGAUGCUUCCUGUUCGAAUUCGAGAAGAAUACCAACAAGAGGAAGCCGGUUCGGCAGGGAAAAUUCGUUUUAUUGAAAAAUGAAAGCCCCUUCCGUUCAAGGUGUCAUGAUGUUUUAGCGGAAGAUGCAGAGUGUCUGAACCAGGAGGAAAAAGUGGGUUUACUGGAAUUGUCCAAGAAGGCUAUCUCCGUGCCCAAAGAGCGGCCUGUAGUUACACAAAGGCAGCCAUUUGAUGAAGAACGGGGCGGUGGCAAUGAAGAUGGUAGGCUGUCAAUUCUUUAUGAAAUAAGAAGGCGCUGUUCUUUUCAAUUCCGCUGUGUAUUGCUGUAAAACAAAGCACAGAUUGCUUUUCAUAAUGGUGAUAAAAAUUGAACACCUGUCCUGUUUUUUUCUUAUUUAUUGAGAAAGUAGGUUUUUGGAUGAGUUAAAUUACUUUGAUUCAACAAAACUAAAAUCCAACAUAGACAUAUAACAACAUUGUAGGGGGACUUACAAAUGGAAGACGUUUAGCAUAAUUCUUAACUCACUGGUUAAGCGAAGGAACAGGAACUGAAGAAAGAGAAAAGCUGUUAAUGUGACAAUAUGGAUAUAAUUGCAGAUGUGUUAUUCAAAACCAAUUAUAAUCAUAGAUCAUACAAGUCGCAGCUAGUUCAGUUCAGUGUCAAUUGUUAGUUGAAGAAACAUUGAAUUUAGCGAAUUAACAUUUAAUAUACUUGAUAUUCUGAAUAUCAAGUUUAGAAUGCCUUUAUAGCUCACAAGAUUUGCACCUAAGGUGGUGAAGCAAAAGAUUCUCGAUACCAUUAAUCAACUUUGCUUAAAUAGAAAGUAGCAUUUUGCGAGUCAAUAUUGUUGCAAAUGAUAAGUUUAUUUUUAACUAAUGAAAUAAAUUUCGUGAAGAUGAAGAAGGUUAAUUUACAGAACAUUUUCCAUUCAAUUCUGAGCAAAGCACAUGUAUCAUGUCUAGUGCAAAUUGUACAGUCGCAGAGCAAAGACUGCCAUGAUGAUAAAACUUAUUAAAAUUUGCUUGCACAAGUUGAUUGUUGAUUGUGAGGGUGUGCGUGACGCAACUACAGAGUAACGCAAUGAAGACUCAGGGCUUCCUGUGUUUCCCGGAAAGCGAUCUAUCAUAUCUAAAUUUAGUAACAUCAAAACAUAUGAAAAUGAACUUUCUUCUACACAGUUGCAGUGACGAAGAAUAUUUUUUUUAACUAAGUUAGCGUGGUUAGGCAAAUAAUGUAGUCAUGUCAUAUCCUCACAAGCACUCCAAGAAAGCUAGCCACAUUUUUCUAGGAGACCACAGAGGUUAUUCGCCCCUAUUCGCGGGACACGCUAGAUUAACGCUGAGAGAAAUACUAAUAUCUCAACGAAUUCUUGUUGCCUUGUUUCGCUUCCACGAAAUGUUUUGUAGAUCAGACACAAUCUUACCCGAGACAGGUCUUUUUUUCUAUCUCACAAGGAUCGAGUUGACCUGUUUAUAUCCUUAUGUCCACAGAUAAAGAAUUCACGGUGGCCAUAUAUGUCAGCGAGUACAAGCAAAUUUGUGCUUGGGUUUUCAAAAAUCAAGAUCUUGAGACGGGUGGAGAUUUGUUCGGUCUGUGGUACGAUGAUUACACGGCAGUGGUCCAGUUCGUGUUGGGUCCCGGUACAAAUUGUCAGAGAACUACCACCUCGUUCUUCCAAGACGUGGAGUACUUAGAGAAGGUUGGCUCUCAUUUGACUGGUAAGGAAGGACUUUGCCAUAUUGGCGAAUGGCAUUCCCAUCAUAAAAUCGGCCUCAAGCAACCGAGUAACGGAGAUAAACGAACAGUGUGGACAAACAUGCCUAAAUAUGGGUUGAGUCGCUUUUUGUUGUUCAUUGCCAAUUUUGAAACACACGAGAGUACAUAUGACUCGGUGAGUGUCGGCUGUUUUUUAUUCAAAGAGAGCAAAACCAGUCAUCGAAAGUUGUUUUCAGGAAGAUUUAAGCUCUUGCCAACAGAGAGCCCUUUCCGCUCUAAAUGUGUACGCAACCCAAGCUUAAUAGAAGGGGCAGAGGGUCUCAAUGAAAAUAAAGAAAUAAAUUCUCUGGACGAAGUUGUCACUGGUUCAAGUGAGAUGAAAGAAGAUGGCGAGCGACCCUUUAUGGUUCGUGACGAGUCAAAAAACCUGACUGCCAAGCAGUAUCCAGCAGAAAGUCUUAAUGAAAGUAACGAAAUAAAUUCUCUGAACAAAGUUAUCACUGGCUCAAGUGAGAUGCAAGAAGAUGUCAAGCGACCCUUGAUGGUUCGUGAAGUGUCAAAAAACCCGGCCACCGAGCACUGCACAGCAGAGGGUCUUAAUGAAAGUAACGAAAUAAAUUCUUCGGAAGAAGUUGUUAGUGGCUCCAGUGAGGAGCAAGAAGAUGUCAAGCAACCCUUGAUGGUUCGUGAAGAGUCAAAAAACCCGGCCGCCGAGCACUGUACAGCAGGAGGUCUCAAUGAAAGUAGCGAAAUAAAUUCUCCGGAAGAAGUUGUUAGCGGCUACAGUGAGGAGCGAGAUGUCAAGCAACCCUUGAUGGUUCGUGACGAGUCAAAAACCCCGGCCACCAAGGGCUGCAAAUGCUGCUCAGUAAUGUAGAUCAUAGGAAAGAAGUUGAUACGAUGUACUGAUACAGAUCAAGCUGAAUUUUUUCUUCAGUACAGAUAGAAAUUUUAAGUCAGUUUAUAAUAACCUGCUUAAUCGUAACUCCAAGGGAAAUUUAGUUAAUAUGAAUGGAAGCAAACAGCAUGUAGCUACGUUUUGGUUUGCUCUGUUCAUUGUGAUAUUUAGUGCUUUUCUUAAUGUUCCAAAAGUUGAUUUGGCCAUUCACGCUUCCGGAUAAAAAGUUCCUGUUUGAAUAUUCAAACAGAUGAAAUCUGUGAUGACCUGGCCCAGACUUCGGCCGGGAAUGUAUAUCGUCUAUUGUGGCCUGUUUCAAGUUUUCAAUCUCCCAAAUAAAAUUCAGUCGGUUCCAUGAUACUUAAAAUAACGUGUCUCAUUUCCCUCAUUUACUGAUUUAUUCAACUACUAAAUCCUGUGUGUUUUAUUUUAUUUUGUUACGCUGUUUGUUUCUCUAGAACAAAUACAGCUAUAGACUUAUUCACCUGAAUCCAACAAUAUUCGAAAACACGUUGUCAUACAGCCUAAGUACUACCAUGCGAGAUCAGCUGUGGUGCUCAGUGUUUUGAAGGGAAUGAUCGAUGUAUCAUCAUUGAGCUGAAUAAUGAUGCUUCAGAUCCUAAUUUUGUGGUCGUUUAUGCCUGCGUCGUGAGAAUGAUAGGGAACAAUGACUCUCUUUUGGAUAGAGAGAUCUUCACUUUAAGUUUCGUCUUACCUAACCUGCUCCUCCUUCCCUACUCUUUUUACCGAAUGGGGUUUUUGAGUGAUCGAAGAUGAUAGAUAUCAUAAGUUCCUCUGCGGCUAGCCAAAACCCUUUCCCUCGCAAACUCUCGUGCGAGCUUAAAGCUCGCAGGUCUAAUCAGAGGCGAGAUUGGAGACCCGCAAAAGUAUUCCUCAACGCUGCCCAAGAGAGCGAGCCAAGUAUACUCCCAAUGAAAAAGGGGGAAAGAAGCUAGGAGAUGGGAUACUUGCCUCCGACCGUUGUGAUUCGGGUCAGAUUCCCUGCUCUCUGAAAUUCUUACUUAAAAUUCCAUCGGGCAAUCCUGUCAUCCGUAAAGACCUCGAGGAAACACUUCUUUUACUAAGUUUCCACCUUUUGGAACCUAAGCUUUAAAAAGAGUUUUGUGCAAUCUAAAGUUCUGAGUUAAAAGGAUGGUUAAGCAAAUUAAUCAAUUUCUAUUUUUGUCAUAUGAGCCUGUAACGCUCCUGAAUUACCGAUGUCUCGGGUUAAUAAAAUUGAAAAUUUUUGUCUUGUUGCUCUUAAUAUUAAAUCAAUGAAAGAGCUUUUUCCUUUUGUGUUGCUUUUCUUUCUUUCUUUCUUUUUUUUUUUGAAAUAGAUGUUUUCAAUUUUUAAUAAUUCUCAUUACUAUAUGCGUCCUCUCGUACGUUCUGCGUGACAAACACCUCAACUUGACAUGCUUGGUUCGUGUAGGGAGGAUUCCCGGAAAUUAAGGAAGAUGUUUCAUAACUCGAAACUUCUGUUGCAUGACACUACAAUUUUCUAUAAAUAUACCGAAUAUUUGUCGCUAAAAUAAACAACAGUAUAUGUUUUUCAAGACUAACGCAAAAUAUUGUUGCAGUUUUGCGUUGAGCACUUCAGGCUGAGCAAGAUAGCGAGUGGCAUGUCGAAAAAAAAAAAUGACUGCAAUCGUAUAAGUUUUUUUUCACAACGUAAUGUUGCGAGGCUGUUUCCAAGAAGACUUGUGCGUGAAACAAAAGCGAGGCCAGAUAAAAAGAGUUUUGAAACUUGAUUUGUUCUGUUGUUUAUUGAAUUCCGAGAAAAAGCAAGCCUCACACGAAAUUGAUCAACCAAUCAAAGCAUAGUUGAAUUUCCCAGAAAUGAUAAAUAUCAACUUAUACAUUUCAAUUUCAGUAAACUGUUGUAGUUUUGGUUUUGUCAGGAGGAACAAGACUUACAUACGAUGAGCGACAAAGACGAUCAGCGCAAAGUAGUCUGCUUUUUGCAGCCUAAUUUUACCGAUCUUCUUAGAGAUAAAGAAGCUGUUAAAAAGCGGUUUUCCGUGACAGUAUUUGAUGAUUGUGACACAAUUCACGUCCGCGUGGAAAGUAACAAUAAAGAUGAACCAGAAAAGCGAGUCGCCUUCAAGAUCUUUCGAGAAUUACCUUCGUGUGAAGAGGUUCAGAAAAUUGCUUCUGAUCUAGUUUCCACUCUUCCUGCGCUCGAGGAACCACAGAUUGCAAUCCUGGUAUCUGAAGAUGACCAUGUCAGAGCUUGUGUGAGACCAAAGUCAACUGAUCCUUUGGAGCAGGCGGCUGUUUUGCGGCAACCGCGGAAAUCGCAACUCUAUUCACGAAGCCGUGGCAUAUUAGAGUCGAAAUUAUUGGAGGAACGAAAAGUUGCAGUGGUUGGUCUUGGAAGUGGUGGCUCCCACGUGGCAAUAGAACUUGCUAAAGCUGGAGUUGGAAAGUUUGUCCUCGUCGAUUAUGAUCGAAUUGAGCUGCAUAACAUCAUCCGCCAUGUUUGCGGCUUGAGCGAUCUUGGACGUCUGAAGACCAAUGUCAUGCGAGACCAUAUCUUGGACAAGAAUCCAUUUGCAGAGGUAGAAAUACACAACACCAACAUCAACAGCCUAGAAGAAGCCAGAGAAAUUCUGAAAGGAUGCGAUGUUAUUAUCGCCGCGACCGACAACAUAAGAAGCAGGCUCAACAUCAAUACGCUAUCAAUUGAGCUUGGUAUAACGUCUCUCUACGGAAAAUGUGCUGUCAGAGCUGCUGGAGGAGAAGUGUUGAGAGUGAGACCAAAGGCUGGCCCGUGCUUCUCGUGCAUCUAUGCUGAUGCCGCGAUGGAAGCCUCCGCAGAGGAGAUGUCCUCAUUCCGUCAAGCCCGCGAAGCCAAUCCUCCUUACAUUGGAGACGACGAAGUGAAAGCCACGAUUCAAGUUGGGCUGUCUUCUGACAUCAUUCCAGUCGCUAACAUGCUGGUGAAGCUGGCGUUAGUGGAACUGUGCCGGGGUAAGGAUAGUGCACUGGCCACACUGGAGAAUGAUCUAGAGGCUCCCUAUUAUAUGUGGGCAAACCGCAGAGAGCAGCAGUACGCUGGAUACCCACCCGAAGGUUUUCACCGGUUUGAUCAGCCUGGAAUUCUGAGAUGGUAUCCCAUGACGAGCGAGAGAAAACCCGAUUGCAAGACAUGCCAAGAUAUGGGAGCUAGUGCAGAAAAUGUCGACUUUUUCUCGUCUUCAGACGGAUAAUUGACUUAUACGUUAGAUCUAUAGGAACAAUUUGUUGCAAUGAAAGAAUGAUUAAACUAUGUUCACUAUUUGUCAUUGGUUUGGUUUUUUAGUUAAUUCAGCGUCUUUAAAAUUGCCAUUGAGCUUAAAUAACAUGUUAUAAUUCGUCUGCCAAAACGGAAGAUAUCACCGGUUAGUCUCAGAGUUAUUGAUGGUCUCUGCACAAUAGGGAAACUUCUACUUUAGGAUGGAAACUAGAUUGCUUUUAAACCACUGUUAGCUAAAAGUUAUAUUCAAUAAAAUAUCCAUGUUGUAUCUAGAAGGUGCUCGUGAUUGCUUCAAUUUCUGCAUUGUCGCUAUAUUUAUCCAACUUUCGCGUGAUUGUUUUAAACAAGUGGAUAUACCUUGUCACACAGUUUCCGAGAAAGGCUAAAAGUCCCUCACCAACCGUAUGAAGCUUUUUCUGAGAAAUAGGGAUUAAAGUGGUUGAAUGCAGUAAGCACUGAAGUGUACUGCAGCUGAUGAAUAUAUCCGAUACGAUGCUUCGGUUUCUUUGAUUUGAGCGGAAGCAUAUUUCUAGCACACAUAUUUCAUUCCUACCAAAGAAAGUUCCAGUUAAACUUACUCUAUACGCAACAACACUGUUUUGAAAUGUGAAACUUUCCUUAAAAUGAAGUUUACCUUCUGGAAUAUUUGAUUCAGGCAAAGAAAGUAAAACGUGUAUAGCAGGUUUAUAAAAUUUAUUGAUACAAUAUAUCUCCACAACGUUACUAAACAACAACUGACAUCAAAUACUUGAACGAACUCGUUUGAUACAGUUCAAUCAGUCUAUACAGCUUUGCAUGAAGCGAGAAUUACGUGAAAGAAAUCUGUCCUUUAGAAUGAAGUACCGUUACAAUGAAACCAAAAUUCGAAGCAAAUGUCGCGUCAACCAUUAUUGACCAGACCAGAAAUUGUUCCAAAGAUGCUCUUUCCUUCUUCGUUGCCAUAGUUCAAGAACACAAAACAUAGUCUUUGAUGAUUCUUUGUCGCAAGUGGAAGGCGUAUACAGUGUAGUUAAAGAAGCCUCCAGAUCCACUCUUGUUCAUGUCCAGCAUAACCGUACGAUCGGAAUUUUGGGCCUCUCGUUGCGGCUUUACCAUCAAUUUUCCGGUAGCAGGGUCGAAAACCAGCGCCUCAGAACCGCUUCCUCUAUUCUCAAGGUGCUGCUGAAUGCGUUGAGGAUUUGACGACAUAUUCUAGAUCAGCUUUCGGUAAGUUUUUCGGUUCUCCGCGUAGACGAUAAUGGUUGCUGUCGCUUUGCGAUGUUACAGCGUCGCUCACUUUCGGUUUCAGGCUGUUUCCUCAUUUAACUCGUUGUCAAAAUGACGUCAUAUCUAGAUAUUUUUCUUAGAAAGGACUCUGAGCGUGUUGUGUGACUGAAGUUCUCCAAAAAGUUGUCAAUGAAAAAUAAUAUUUUGUAUAGCAAAGCGGAAGUCAAUUGUUCCGCAAAGGCUUUACCCCUUUGGCAAUUACAUAUCUAUUCAAUGUUAUAUAAUAUAUUUCCUUGAUAAAAAUUUCCUUAGUUGCUGUAAGCUGUCAGAAUCGUAACGCAAUGGACCAAACAGAGAAAAAGAACGAACAGGAUGCAAGAGAAUUCGACUUUAGGUUUGUAACCAAGAAAGACGAAGAAGUGAAAGGGGAGGAUGGCGUGACAAAUGCAGUGAAAUCAGAAGUUGUGGCUAGCCGUCUUAAAGUUAUCGCUAAAGGAGGAGAUGUUGGAAAGAAAGAAAAGCUGGUGUUUGAUCUGCAGACUGGAAAACUGAUCGUGGAAAGUGAGCCAGACUCAUCAGGGGACAGACAGGUCAUAGAAGGCAUGGCUUCCAGUGGAUGGUUUGCUUAG